AUGACUUUCUCACUCAGAUUAAUUUUAAUUUUAUUUAAAAUCACAGCUAGCUUCUGUAGCCCAUGUGGGAAUGUAUUAUGGGUUUCUGAUCAAGAUAAAAGUGUAAAACUGUAUAAAGUUAGGUUAAAAUAUACUGUAGGAAAAUGUGCUUGGAGAUAAGGUAAACUAGCCUGGUAAUGCCAAACUCUGUUACUUUGCUUUGCUUCAUAGACAAAGUCUGGAAGGGCAUAAUUGACCCGCGUUUUCUUUCUCGUGGGGGGGCUAAUGAGCACAUAAGCUGUGUCUCAAAGUUUAGUGUACACACUUCGAAGGCCACGGAUUUCGAAGACCUGGGGCCGGUUGCAUAAACAUAGUCAUUAUCUUAAGACUGUGUCUAAGAAAUAGUCUGACUAACUAAAGUCACUGAAGAAAGACCAUUGCAUAAAAUAAGCUCACACCUAUCUUUAUUAAGACAGUCUAAAUCGCAGUGAUUUGUGGGAAAAAUAAGACGCUAAACAACUUAAACAAAAUGGCCGACAGUUCGCGCUCGUCACAGUUUUCCUUUGCGGAAAAUAUUUGUAUAUUAGAGGAAUACAAUGCUGCUAAAACGACUCUAAUGAACAAAUUUAACGAUUACAACGGCAAUAGCAAAAAACACAAAGCUUGGACAACAAUUACAGAAAGAGUUAACAGUGUCAACCCAUCUGUCAACCGAUCCGUCAAAGAUGUUCAAAAACGGUUUAAAAAUAUGGUUCAAGAGGCAAAAAAGGAAUUUUUUAAGCGAACAAACCCAGCAACAGGGGGAGGACCAUCUCCUAAAUUGAAAAGGACAACGAAAAUGAUCAUCGAAAUAUACGGAGACGAAUCUCCGAUGUUUUGGGGAAUCCCCGGGGGGAGGGAGAGUGGAGUAUCCGGGCGGACGUUACCCACAGCGGUGGAAGAUACACAGUCUCAUACCGCUGUCACAUCAAGCCCGCUUGGACAGUCUCUUGACUGCGAGGUGACACUGACAUUGGUCUCUCAAAAUGACGAAGCUCCUGUUACAAGCCAGGAUGACCAAACAACACAAAGUGAAGAUGACGAUUUGGACAGCACCCAAAUGGCACCUGUGGGAAGUGGCUCAGACACCGAGAGACAGAAAGAUACUCCAAGCAAGAUAACCAUGAACAAUAUACUUGAAAAACAAUAUAAAAUAUUAACACUGGAAGAGACUAAACUAAAAUUAGAAAUACAAAAACUAGAAUUAGAGAAAACUAAGCUAAAGUUGGAGCUACAAAAACUUGGACAUGAACUAUAGAUCUCAUCGAACAUUGUCCAAUAACUAAUCAAACAAUUGUCUAUUUAAUAAGUACUGGUAUUUAAUUUUGAAUUUACAUAUGUAAUGUUUACAUACAGAAUCUUUAGAGAUAUUUAAGAGAUUUGAAGAAUUUUAGUGUAAGUUAAUGUGUAGUGAUUUGAAGAUUAUAUCAUAUUUCAGCUGAUUGUACUGAUACUAUGCAUCAAAUAUUUUGUAAGUAUUGUCUCAAUGAAUAAAUUAUAAUAUGUCCCCUUAAUUUAAAAGUAUAAAUUCUUUCAUUGUUCUCAGUCAAACUGAGAAAAUGUUUUCUACAAUCAUCUGUCGAAUGUAACGCCCAGAUCCAUCUUCCCCUCCUGCCUCAGU